UGUCUUCCUAUAACCCAACACACCACCACCACCACCAUCACUGCACUGGCCCCCACGACAAAACGUUGUUGUAGCUGAGCCAGUCUGCACCGACACCGACACACACGGGACAACCGACCAGAGCAAGCACGCACACGCACGUACACACACACGCACACGCACGCACACGGGAGGAAACCUUUUGUUGUUCGACCUAGUGGCAUUGAUUUGCAUAUCCACUUCCACUCCUUCCUCAUUUGCAUACAGCAAGAAUGGCGAGCGGGCAUCCCACAGACAAAUUCAGUUUCAUGUAUCAACCAGACACGCACAAGAGUAAGAACAGGUUAUCUUCAGCCAUGAAUCCAGUCUACAGCCCUGUUCAGCCUGGCACCCCAUAUGGAAACCCAAAGAACAUGGCCUUCACAGGCUAUCCAGGGGGUUAUCCUGCCACGGCUCCUACUUAUACACCCAACCUCUAUCAAACAGGCAGUCCUGGGUAUCCACCAGGAUAUACUGCAGCAGGCACUCCAUACAAAGUGCCCCCUACUCAGUCAAAUGGAGCCCCUCCUCCCUACACCCCUACUCCGACCCCAUACCCAACAGCUAUGUACCCCAUCCGCAGUGCCUACCCUCAGCAGAACAUAUACGCACAGGUAAGGGGAGCGUACUAUACCCAACCAGUCUAUGCGGCCCAGCCACACGUGAUCCAUCACACCACCGUGGUUCAGCCCAACAGCAUCCCCUCCACAGCCCUGUACCCGGCCCCCGUCCCUGUACCUGCUCCACGCAACAACGGAAUGGCUGCCAUGGGGAUGGUAGCCGGGACAACCAUGGCCAUGAGUGCAGGGACCCUGCUGACAACGCCCCAGCACGCCCAGAUCGGAGGACACCCAGUUACUGUGCCAACCUACAGGCCCCAAGGGACACCUGGGUACAGCUACGUACCGCCUCACUGGUAGAGCCCACCCAUCAUAUCUGGAGUCCACCAUCGUAUGCAACUGCUCAAAUCUUACACGGGCUCCCUAUGGUAACCAUGGGAACUCGGCACCUGUCUGCAAGAACAAAACUAAAGUGCAACAGCCACUUUACCAUUAUUGUUAUUGUUAUUAUGCGACAUUCUCUAACGUUUUUACAAAAGCUGCUUUUGUUUUUAUUUUUUUUCUCUGUUCAUUUGCCAACCAGUCAUUACUUUAUUUUUUUACGGUUGUUAUUUUCUUUUUUCUUUUUUUAAAGGAUUUUUUUUUUUUUUUUUUUUCUUUCCUCAUUUUCUUUUGCUGUGUCUGUCAUCGGAUCUCCAGAAGGACUCUUGACCAAUCACGGGUGUCGGUCGCUCCUGUUUGUGUUGUGCUGGUGUGUGUGGUCCUGCCUGCUGCUCAGUUGGCUGGGAAAUAUCGGGCACUUAUUCCUCAUUAUCAUCUCCAUCAGUCACUACAAAGACUUAUUGACUUAUGCUGCCAAAUUUUCUAACGAGUAGAUAUCAGCACAGGGUUUUAACACAAUUAGGAUUUUUUUUUUUUUUCAUUUCUUUUGCAGGUUAUUUAAUUUUUUUAAUAUUCUUUCUUUUUUUUUCCACACUCAGUUGAAUGACCUUUGCUUUUUUUUUUAUCCUGUAGACUUUCUCCUUACUUUUGUUCCUCU